GCGGGGGCCGGGCCUCGCGCCCCCUUCCCUCCUCCCCUGCCCCCUCCUCCGCGUCCCGACCGGUGGGGGGCGGGGCCGUGCGCCUGCGCGGAGCGGACAGUCUGGCGGGGCCGCAGCCGCGGGGUGGCGGGCAGUUGCCGUGGGGACCGCGGGCCCCUCCCUCCUCCGGUCCUCUGCCCCUGGCGUUCCCUUCCGAGGCGCGGCCGACGACCCGGCUUCCCUGCCGCCGGCCCGGCGGAGCUGCAGACGGUGCCCCGCGAGAGGCGGAGCCGCUCCCAAGAUGUCGCAGACGGCCAUGUCCGAGACCUACGAUUUUUUGUUUAAAUUCUUGGUUAUUGGGAACGCAGGAACCGGCAAGUCUUGCUUGCUUCAUCAGUUUAUUGAAAAAAAAUUCAAAGAUGACUCAAAUCACACAAUAGGAGUGGAAUUUGGCUCAAAGAUAAUAAAUGUUGGUGGUAAAUAUGUAAAGUUACAGAUAUGGGACACAGCAGGCCAAGAACGAUUCAGGUCUGUGACGAGAAGCUACUACAGGGGCGCGGCAGGGGCGCUGCUCGUCUAUGACAUCACCAGCCGAGAAACCUACAAUGCGCUUACUAAUUGGUUAACAGAUGCCAGGAUGCUGGCGAGUCAGAACAUCGUCAUCAUUCUCUGCGGGAACAAGAAGGACCUGGACGCCGAUCGGGAGGUCACCUUCCUGGAAGCCUCCCGCUUUGCUCAGGAAAAUGAGCUGAUGUUUCUGGAAACGAGCGCACUAACCGGGGAGAACGUGGAAGAGGCCUUUGUACAGUGUGCGAGAAAAAUACUUAACAAAAUUGAAUCAGGUGAGCUGGACCCAGAAAGAAUGGGCUCAGGCAUUCAGUAUGGAGAUGCUGCCUUGAGACAGCUGCGGUCUCCGCGCCGCGCACAGGCCCCGAGCGCGCAGGAGUGUGGCUGCUGAAGCAGCGCGGGCGCACAGGUGUUCAUACAGUGGUAUUUGGGACACAAUUGUUGGAGCUUGAAGAAGUUUUUUUUUUUUUUUAACCACCAUCUUUUUCUACUUUAUAUGGAAGUAGAUCUUUGUGCAAAAAAAAUAACUUGGGUUGUUAUGCAAGCUCGUAGAUGUGGCACAGCAAACAUAUAUAAUAAAUCCAAUUUAGUGGACAAGACCAUUAAAUGUAUACAUGUAUGUAAAAAUGUUCUGUUCCGUUUUCGCCCUUUGACCCUGGUUUGAAUCCUGGCUGUGUACUGUAUAUAUGCUAGUCCAGUACGUCUCCACAGCAUGGUAUCUGAUGUAUCGUAUGAUUGAUAGAGCGUUGCACUAAAUGCAGUCUAAUACUUUAUUUUUUUUUUAAUCGUCUGAACUAAAAUCUGUUCAUUGUGAGGUGUGCUUUGAUCAUUGUGUCGGUUAUAUUGCACAGUUGGUUAUGUUUAUGACCUGAUAUUCAGAGACUCUGGCAUCGAUCGCCGAUGCAGUGCUUAGUUAAUUCCAUUUACCACAGUCCACAAGGUGUUAUGUGAGCCACACUCGAAAUACUAGAUCGGUAGUUACUCACAUACCAAAAUAAAAUGAAAAAUGGAGUUUUUCCAUGAACUUGACACUGUCCGGCACCCUGUUGACUCUAAAGCAUCUUCAUCAGAUCGGUUCAGGAAGUAGAGCUGAGCACCUGCUCUGUCUCAGGCGCUGUGAUCAGUGCUGAAGAUGCUGGUGCCUUGAACCAAACUUCCUAGGCAACCGACCUACUCUCAGCAUCUGCUCAGCGCAACAGAUGAACCACGUACCAGGGGCUGCUCACCUGGUCCCAGUUCGCUGAACCACCUGUCUUCCUGUUAGAAAACACAUCGUUUGCUACUGUGCUUUUUCUGGGAUUCAGUAUUAGAGCAUCACUGCCUCCUUUUUAGUCUUUUAUUAUUUUGUGUUCAUUUUAAGGCAACCCGCUAAAUCAAGUUAAUUUUAAAGGGACACCACUAAGAAGUUUCUGUACAGCUCUUGCCUUAUGACAGUUACCGAGUUAACAUGUUUUUAAUUCACAUGAGUUAUAUUGAAGUCUAAUAUAUAUUGUAUUACAAAGACUUGUUCUACUAUUUUAAAAUGUUUAUGCAAAAAAUAUAUAAUAGAACUUUUCUUUAAAGUUUAAAAUACAGCACUAUUUAAAGCUGAAAGGUUUAAAAGCAUUCUUCACCUUAUAUGUGUUCUUCCACUGUGACUUUUAGCUGCAAACUGGUAAAUUUCAUUACCUUUAAGUUGGAAGCUGCCUACUGCUUUUGUUGUUUUGUUUUAACCAACAGAGCACAGCAGCACUACAAACUCUGGGAAGUGACUUGGAUAAAAAUAUCAGGAUAUAGCUGUUUUCGGUACUUUAAUUUUGCUUCUUUUAUGUCUUGAAUAUUUGAUUUUGAAAAGUCAGAAUAUGAAGCAAAUUCUCAGACUGAACUGCUUCUUGGACCUCGCUAGAAGAAUGUUUCAUUCAGUAUCUCAUUUACAGUGGGUUUGCAAGCUGCUCGUUUUUGAACAGCUUUUUGCAUGGGGUAGGAGCAUGUCUGUUUGACCACAUCAGUUUAUUCGAAAGCAAAAAUUUUUUUUAAAUAAGAUAAAUGUUAAGUUGAUUUAUAAGUGAGCCUGUUAAUGAAACCCCAGGUACUGCGUAUAAUUCCACAUCCCUUGACCAAUAAAAGUUGCUGGAGAACCAAA